AUGAGCCAGAUAACUGAAUCUUGUGGACCAAUACCAGAAAACGAGAGCAACAAUAUCCUAAAGCGGUCUCUCAAAGCCGCUUCGAAAUACUUCAAGCAAAACUUUCUUGACACUCGAAGGAGUGAAACAAUUACAUUGUCAAUUCCAGCAGAACUGUUGGAGAGUGGCAACAACAUGCCGAUUGACACUGUAGAGCUUACGAGACAAUGCGAGCUCUACGUGAAGAAGAAACUGGAGAAAAGUUUUCGGAUGAGCAGCCCAGACGUUGUCGAAGUUGCUGUCGACGAUGACGGGUCCAUAAAAGAGGAGUCAAGACGUGAUAGAAAAAAGAAGCUCCGAAGAAAUGAUACAGCAUCUUCGACACCCACGAGUAGCCCCGACAGAAGUGGUCACAAGAGCAAAAAUUCCGCACAUUACGAAAAGCCUGAUCCACCAGCACAGAAGAAAGGUGAACAACAGGUAGUUCGAGAUCCGUUCUUCCAGGCUCGAGAUCGGUGUAUCCAGAAUUUCAAUGAUCUGGCAACUCGAGGUAUCCAAGCUUUCGAUGAUUUAGCUUCUCGUUGCUAUCAGAUUUUCCAGGGUCUAACUAGGCGUCAGCUCAUGUACAUUGCUGCCGGAUUAGUCCUUUUUAUCAUAAUUAUCAUCGUGAUUGGCGUUACAACUGGAGGUGGAUCGCCGACAGUCCCAACAACAGGAUCAGGCAGCCCUGCAGCGUCUCCUAUUCCUGGUCAAUAUUCCGGCUCGGAAGAAUUUUUACGGGGAGUACUUUUUGACAUGGAACCAAUUCAAAAGGAUGCUUUUCAUUGGCUACUGAAUAUUGACUCUUGGAAACCUGCUAGGGAUGCCACAAAUAUCGAGCAACUUUGGAUCGAACGAUAUGUACUGGCUGCGUUCUACUUUUCAACCAUCACUUCGGAAAUAAAAUGGAAAAACGAACAAAAUUGGAUAUCCGAUAAACCAGUCUGCAGGUGGUUUGGGGUGAAGUGCUAUGCAUCUGGAGAAGUUGCGGAUCUCACUCUAUCUCAUAACGAAAUCGUUGGUCGGAUAUCUACGGAACUUGGGAAACUCAAAAGCCUCAAGAGGUUGAAACUGGAUUCAAAUGAGUUUGAAAAGGGUAUUCCCAGCGAGAUUGGUGGCCUCGUAGAACUUGAACACCUUGAUCUAUACUUCAACAUGUUAUCCGGAACAUUGCCGAAUGAGAUUGGGAUGCUGUCGAAACUCACAGGGCUCUAUCUAAGAGGCAACCAGCUUUCUGGGCAACUUCCUGACACUUUUGGUGCUUUGACGAGCCUCACAGCUCUGCAGAUUUCCGAAAACAAGUUUAGGGGCCCCAUUGGGAGCCAUCUUGCUUCUCUUCGAAAUCUUGUAACAGUUGUAAUUGACAAAAACCGAUUCUCGGGAAGUUUGCCUUAUGGACUGGGGAAAUUGACAAAACUGAAGUGGCUCAGAAUUGAGGAAAAUGAAAUUACAGGUAGCAUCCCAAUUUCAAUUGGUUAUCUCACCGCUCUUCAGACCGUCAUCCUUGGUAACAACAUGAUCACGGGAACUCUACCGCGUGAUUUGUCGGGUCUGACAAAGCUUCAUCAACUUGACGUCCGAUGGAACAAGAUCGAAGGUACAAUCCCACCUGGACUUAAACGGCUUAGCAACUUAUGGCAUCUAAAUCUCUCAACGAAUAAGUUCGACGGAAUAGUACCCGAGCUCCCAGCUAGUCUGACGAAGCAAGACUACAAGAAUGGGCCAUUCUGUUCACUUGCUGGCAAUUAUCUUGCCGACAUCCAAAAUGGAGACCUACUCGGGUGUAAGAUCAACGGACAAAGGAGUUGA